AUAAACCUCCUUCUCUCACGCAACCUCCUUCCCAAACAAUCCUACCAACCUCCUACUUCACAACCAUACGCUAUCCUUCGAAAUGCUCCUCUCUACUCUCCUCCUGCUCCUGGCUACCGCCCGCGAGGGUAUAGCCGGGUUCAACAUCAGCUCCAAGAACAACGUCGCUCUGUAUUGGGGUCAGAAUUCGGCAGAUCCCAAUGUUGACAUCAUUAUCGUCGCCUUUCUUCUCCGCUUCGUCGGCAACGAUGGCAAUCCUGUCCUUAACUUCGCCAACCAAGGCGUGACGGCUCCACCGGACCCUGUUAAGUGCACGUACUUCCCCGGUAGCACUGGUCUGUUCCAGUGUCCCGACCUUGAAGCCGACAUUCAGGAAUGCCAGAUCAAGAAGGGAAAGACUGUCCUCCUCUCCAUCGGAGGCGACGCCUACACGGAAGGCGGAUUCCCCAACCCCGAGGCCGCCACGGCUGCCGCUGGCAAGAUCUGGGCCAUGUUCGGUCCGCCACAGGACGACAUCUAUCAUCCUUACCCUUCUCAAGUCUAUCGCCCAUUCGGAUAUGCUUCUGUUGACGGAUUCGACUUCGACUUCGAAGGUCCCAAUGCUCACUCGAGUGUCUUCGCCCAGCGUCUCCGCCAACUGAUGGACGACUACACGAACGGCGUUGGUAAUGGUCGGAAGUUCUAUCUUUCAGCUGCUCCUCAGUGCCCGUAUCCCGACGUCUGGAUGAAGGAACUCAUGCAGGAGGCUCAGCUUGAUAUGGUCUUUGUCCAAUUCUAUAACAACUGGUGCGGUGUCCACAACUACGUCCCCGGUUCACCAAACCCCUUCAACUUCCACCAAUGGGAUACCUGGGCCCGAACCGCCUCCAAGAACAAAAACGUCAAAAUCUUCGUGGGCGUUCCGGGCAACACUGGUGCCGCUGGUAGAGGCUACGUUCCAGCCCCACGACUUGCUCCAAUCAUCCAGGAAUUCCGGAAGAAGGAUGCGUUUGGCGGUGUCAUGAUUUGGGAUGCUAGUCAGGCGUAUACUAAUGGGGAUUUCCUUGAGGCGGUCAAGGGGGCAUUGACGGAGUCGCACACACAGGGCCAGGGCCAGCCACAGGGUUAGGUACCUUUAUAUCAUGGACCGCCAUCGGAUGAUACUCGCUUUC